AUGGAUGGAAGCAUGAUCUAGCGAUGUCAAAAAAUAUAACUAGUAACAAAUUCUGGCCAAAAUGUAUCUGAAAUUCUUUUGAACUCUGCUACUGAUGCCAUUUCAACCAUAAAUCAUAAUGUCUUUGAGACUCCAGUCAAAAGUUAUGUAUUUAGAAGAGUUAGUCAAUUUGAAUUUAUUGGCUCAAAAUAAAAAAAGCCUUUGCAAUCUGGUUCCUUCGAUUUAAGUCUUUCAACAUUCAAAAGAGGCAGCAGUCCUAAGAAAAGGAAGGUGAACAAAUUAAAAUUGCAGUAUAAUCUAACCACAAAAAACGCUAUCGCCAUCUUAAAAGUAGGAGUGGAAAAUUACCAACCAUUCUCAAAAUCACUCAUAAAACAUCCAAAACUAAUUGUGACCAAUAGUAUGAAGGUCCCUACACAAAAUUAGAGCCAUGUCUAGAGAGAAGAAUUAAUCUUUUACUGCAAAGAAGGAGAAACUCCAAUUUAAUCUUAAGACCAAAAACUUGAAUACCAGAAUAAAUAAAAUUAUUAUGCAUCAAAAGAUAAAUUAUUAAAAUAUCAUAAGAUCAUGGAUAAGAAAUUAGUAAUAUACUCUAUAUAUUAGGAUUAAUUUGAUUCUUCUUGUGAAUCUUCUUCUUCUAAAAUAUUUAAAGUUUAAUUUAAUGCAACAUAAUUUAGUAAACUAAACAAAAUCAAUUCUGGAAACAACUAAUGCCUUACUCAUGAAUAAAAUUACAGUUUUUUUAAAAGAAAAGCAUCUCAAUCUGUAGUUACAUAAUAAGUUAUGGAAAAAAUAAAAAUACAAAAAAUAUUUUUGAAUAAAAAUAACCUUAAAUAGUUUAAAAAAGUUUAAAUGAACUUAAUUUAAAUUUCCUUGCUUAAAAAAGAAGUGUUGAUAAUGCCAGACCUAAUUAAUAGUUGCUUCAAACCAAAGUUUUAGAUUAAUUGCCUACAUAAAUUUAACAGAAUAAUAAAUAAACUCAAUUUGUUUUUUAUUAGCUAAAAAUAAUGA